CCAGACUUUUUUCUGUGGCUCCAGAAAGGACAACAGCGGGGUAAUACAGACAGAGAGGAAAAGAGGGAAAGAAAAUAACAAACACUGCUGGACAGAAAGUGCGAGCUCAAGAGCACUGGGAGCGUCCCAGGAUCAAGUCUGUGACAAACACAUUGAUAGGCUAUUUCACAGACAAAGGAUUGGCGACUUUUGCUCAUUUUUGCAUUUUAGGGAAAUUGGGCACGCCGACAUCAUAAUUAUUUUGCAUAAGAGAUCAUCAUGACGACUGAAAUGCAGGAGAUCUCCAUCACGGAGGAGAAGCCUUUACUGCCGGGUCAAUCAGACACUGUGAAGGACGCAGAGAUGGCGGCCCAAAUACUGCUGGAUCAUGGCCAGGAAUACAGUGUGGAGACGCCUCACGGUGUGCUGCAUGUGACGGUCCACGGAGCUGGAAACACACGCAGACCUGCCAUACUGACCUUCCAUGAUGUGGGGAUGGACAGUAAGAGCUGCUUCUCCACCCUGUUUAAGUUUGAGGAGAUGCAGGAGAUCGUGAAGAACUUCACUGUGGUCCACGUGGACGCUCCAGGACAAGAGGACGGCGCGGCCAUUUAUCCUGCCGGAUACCAGUAUGCAUCUAUGGACCAGGUCUCUGAGAUGCUCCCCACUGUCCUGCAGUACUUUAAUUUCCGCACAGUUAUCGGUGUUGGAGUCGGAGCCGGUGCUUAUAUACUGUCCAAGUUCACUCUGAGUAACCCUGACGCCGUGGAAGGACUCGUUCUGAUCAACGUGGACACAAACGCACGAGGCUGGAUGGACUGGGCCGCACACAAGCUCUCCAAUCUGACGUCUUCCCUCCCAGACCAAAUCCUGACUCACCUCUUCAGCCAGGAAGAGCUGUCGGCAAACACAGAGCUCCUUCAGACUCACAGAGAGAGAAUCUCUAAAGCGCCCAACCUCAUCAACAUCGAACUCUUCUGGAAGAGCUACCUGGGUCGCAGAGAUCUGAACAUCGAGAGGAAUAACACGUUCAAAUGUCCUGUGAUGCUGGUGGUCGGGGAUCAGGCUCCAUAUGAAGAAACUGCGGUGGAGUGCAACAGCAAACUAGAUCCAACUACCACCUCAUUUCUCAAGAUGGCUGAUGCUGGCGGGAUGCCACAGCUGACUCAGCCCAGCAAACUGACAGAAGCCUUUAAAUACUUCAUUCAAGGCAUGGGAUACAUGGCGUCGUCCUGCAUGACGCGUCUCUCGCGCUCGCGCACCACCUCCCUCUCCUCCACCUACUCCAUGGAGGGCUCGCGCUCCCGAUCCCGCACGCUGUCCCAGAGCGAACAGGGCGGACAGCUCCCCCCGAGCCCAUCCCAAACCAUGGAGGUGUCGUGCUGAGGAGCGCCGGAGCGAGGGAGAGAGAUGGAUGGAUGAAGAGCUUCGGUCUUCUGGGUGGAGGAACGUGAGUUUCGUGAGUGACGACGGACGGACGGAUGAUGACGACUCUCUCCCUUCCUUCUCCGACCCAUUAGACAGAAGAUAGAGCCCUUUAACUCUGUGACAUGGGCGGGGCCUUUAGUGAGACCCAAAUGUAGUGUUAACCAAUAGUUAUACUUCUAAUAUGAAUAUUGUUGAUGAUUAAUAUUAAUAACGACGAGUGUCACUGAAAAAAAAAAAAAUGUUUCUCUUAAUUACAUGUUGAAUUUCUAAACAAAAUAAUAGAGAAAAGAGUAUAUAAGCUCAAAUGUGUGUCUUUCCAUGAUUUUUUUUGUAUUCUGUAUUAUUUUUUUCUGUUACACAAUCCUGCUGCUGUGAGAGGGGUGCAGUAUUGUCGGAGACGGUGGAGAUAGUUUUAGGCCGAAAUACUCGUCUCUGUAGAUGACAGCCACCUCAUGUCUUCCAUUUACCCUUAACGAAAAAAGCGAAAAAGAAAAAUACUGUAAUUAUAUAUAUAUUUUUGUUGUUGUUGUUGUCUUUGGGGCCAUUGGGGUCAUUGCUUGUUCUGAAAUGCAUGGUAGAAUUUUCUUGACCACAUCAGUCUAUGGUUUUUCUUCUUCUUCUUUUGUUUUACGUUCAUUUUUAUUUCGGUUAGAGAGUAUGGUCUUAAAUAGGAAAGAACAAUCAGAAAGUCACAGGAAUCGUUGUUUUGGAGUCAUUGACAUUGAGGUGCACAUUUCUACCUGCGAUGUGAUGUAUUUUCAUAGAAACCGGACAUAAACAUUGAACGAAGAUUAAAAUUGGUGAAAAGGGAUCUAUAUGAUGGUGGUUGGGAAUAAAAGAAAUCGAGGACGGAAGACGAAAAGGAAAGUUGUUUGAGCAAGUUUGAUGAAAGACUACAAAGACUAACAUACAUUGAUGAAUCACUUAUAGUAAGAUCAGAAGCACAAAUCAAGAAAGUUAUACAGUUGAUUUCAUAUGAAUCCGUACAAUAUGACUCAUGCAUACAUAUAACAUUUACAAAAUAGAAGUAAGCAUACAAGUCCACCUCUUAACUGCCUCUAAAGUAGACAGAUCGUAUAAAAUCACAUAAAUUAGCCACCAAUUAACCAAAACAUAAAAUACUGACGAAUUGGCAUAAGAGUGCAUUGCGAGUUUUUGGAUGUGUAUCUUAGAUUUGUGGACAUGUGCCAUGGUAGUUUUUGAAGCACUUUGAAGUACAAUAGCAUGUUAGGCUUCAGUAUAAAUAUGGUAACCACCUAGGACUGUAGUAGAAGACCUUUAGUCUUACCAUGCAAUCACUGUACCAUGGUACGGCCACAGUACUUUGCUGUAUCCUAUUAGUCCGCUAAUAAGUUUUGGUUGGAAACGUUGAGGUGGACUCAUGGUGAUGUUUGUCGUUCUGAAUGGGCCGUUCCUUGAUUUAACGUAACUUGAGAGCUUUUGCUCUGGUUUGAAGUGUACAUAAAGCCAUGGUGUGAUCUAAUGCUGAACCAUAGUGAUUGUACACAGAGUAAAACAGUACGUGUGGACAUGCCUGAGCGUGAGAGAAGUGCUUUAACUUUAAAUCACAAUAAGAGAAUACGUGAGUUUGAAUUGACUUUGCUGAUUAACCAGCCCCUUCACUGCCAACAGGGUUUAGCCAUGUUAUUAACACAUUAGCUCCAAGAGCUCUUCCAAUUGGCAAGUCAUUGAGACUAGCAGGUUAGCAUAGCUGCAAUGUUUAAAUGUUAAACAUAUAGAAUAAUCUAUAUGAAGCGCACAAAAGAAUACCGCAAUCACUGCAUGUUUUUUUUUUUACACGAUUGCUAACACUUGCCAAUAACGACAUAGACCAAAACCUCACAACUGUAAAUGCAUUGUAACAAUCACUUUUAGCAAAACACUGCCCUGAAAACCAAGGUAAUUCAGAAUAGACUAAUCAGUGUUAAUUGGAGAGUUCGCCCAGUGUUCGUAGAGAUUCUCAAAUCACAAUUAUUGGAAUUUUUUAUUUAUUUUUUUGUGAAGUUGUUCAUGACAGGGCAUUGGUUUUAAUGGGUUUUGUAAGUGGGAAACAUGGUGUUUUUCUUUUUUUUAUGGGGAAAUGAAUGGACCAGGAUGUGGCGUGUGUUGGGAUGGUGUGAAUGUAAAUGUGUGUACAUUGUUUUUUUUUUCCUUUUUUUAACUCUCCUCAAUGAAACACUUUUAAAUUUUCUGUGAAGUAGAUUUGCGUCUCAGUGUCCUCAUGGGUUAGACAUCAGUGUGCUAGUUCUUGUGUAACUUUUUUAGCGUUAGCACUACAAAAGGAAAUAAUGUAAUUAAUAACAAUAAUAAUAAAAUGUCAUGAGUAACAGAAUGCAAUCAGAAUUAAUUGUGUGGCUAAUUUCUCUGUGUAAAACUGAACAACUGGAAAAACAUAAUUAAAGGGAUCAAAAUGA